AUCAACUCAAAAGUCAAAAAAGAUGGCGGCUGUUGGUGUGUAAUUGUUGUAAACAUUGUUUGAUUCCUAUUCUAAUUAAUUAUGCGAAGAAUAAUUGUUUAUCUAUUAUAACAUAGUAUGUUAGAAGUGAAAAUUGUGAUCAUAAGAUAGAACUUUUUGUAUUGUAACUAUUAAACAAAGUAUUAGCGGCAUUCUCACUAUCGGCGUUCAUAUAAAACAUCAACAUGUUAUCUGUAGGGCCAAAAAUGGACGGAGGUCCAAAUAUAAAGUAUUUUGAGGCACCAGAGACUCUCACAGCAUUCGAAGCAGUUAAAAAUUGGUUGCAGAAAAAUGGUAAAAAGUAUGUACAAAAUGAACCAAUUACAAACAAAACAUUAUCAGCCACGGCAGUACAGUUUAUGCAGUUCCAGGAGGAUUUUCUGGGAAAGAAUACACAGAAACCACCAAUGACUAGAAUUCCAAUAAAAUACUUCUUGGAUUUCAAGCCUGGAGGUGGUCUUUGCCACAUGCUAUUAGCUGCUUAUAAAUUUAAAAGCGAACAUGGAUGGCGAAAAUUUGAACUCCCUGCUGGAAAGAACCACAGUGUAUGUGAUGAAGUGAAACAGGAUUUUACCAGUUUUACUAAAGCCAUUAUUAAAGUGGAAAUAGAAAGGAACGGGAAUGUCUCGAAACUGGAGCGAGUGUAUGAAAUGUUCCAAAGUAUGGAAAAGGCUCUGAUUACUGCAAAAUUGUAUUCUCUUCCUAUCGUUUUUAUAAAACCAGAACUGGAUAAAGCAGUAGCUCAGAAAGUAAAAGAAAUUAUCCGCAAGCGCAAUGGUCAAAUUGUGGAAACUGAAGAGACCGCUACUCAUAUUAUAUAUGGGCCGGUUGAUCCACUCAAAGACGAAUAUGGAAGACCUGUCACGAAACGAGACAAAAUGGUAAUGAUGCACUGGUAUUACUUCCCGAAUUCAUUUGAUACAUGGGUAAAUUUAGAAACAGCAGGCUUGGAAAAUCUGACCGUGGAAAAUAAUCCUAGCCCGCAUUCUGGUGCUUGGCGUAUUUGUUCUACUUGGGUCUAUGAAACUGACCAGUACAAUGAAUGGAUGUCGGAGGAAGACUAUGAAGUAGACGAAAAUGGCGUAAAGAAAGUACAUCCGAGGUUAAUGUCUGUUGAAGAUCUAAUGAAUCCUUCAGAUGAACGCAGUAAGAAAAACAAAGGUAAAAGAAAACGGUCUCCUUCGCCUCCGUCUAAGAUUGGCAAACGAAAAAGUGGUAGAAGCCCUGCUGUGGGCAAGAAAACUAGACCAGAGGAUCCUGAAUCUGAAGACUUAACAAAAGACAUGGAGGAACCAACUCCAGAACCAAACAUUGUGGAAGUUACGCCUUCUCCAACACCAUCAACCAAUCCACCUACAAAGAAAGACCACGAACUUCAACCCUUAAAAGGAGGUUCAAUUACAGAUAUAGAAGAGAAUGAGGAGAGAAAUAAUGAGGAUUCCCAAACUGGCAAGAACAGUGACACCAACACACAAGACGAUGGACAAGAAGAUAAUGUCACAGAGCAAACGCAUCACAUUAUUAUUCCAUCGUAUUCUGCGUGGUUCGACUAUAACUCUAUUCAUGAAGUUGAAAAGCGUGCGAUGCCGGAAUUUUUUAACGGUAGAAACAAAUCGAAAACUCCUGAGAUAUACUUAGCAUACAGAAAUUUCAUGAUCGAUACCUACCGGCUUAACCCAACUGAAUACAUAACUAGUACAGCAUGUAGACGCAACCUUGCAGGAGAUGUUUGUGCCAUAAUGCGGGUUCAUGCGUUUUUGGAGCAAUGGGGUUUGAUCAACUACCAAGUAGAUACCGAAUCCAGACCGACGGCCAUGGGGCCUCCGCCUACUUCUCAUUUUCAUAUUCUUUCAGAUACCCCGUCUGGUCUACAGCCAGUUAACCCUCCUAAAACACCUCAACCUAGCGCAGCCAAAACUUUCCUUGAUCUCGAUAAGAGUGAGACUAAGAUUAAGCCAGAACCCGCUACGGAAAUGUCCAACUUUGGACUGAAGUUAGAUCAGUAUGUUAAGAAACCUGCUGUUUUAAGAAAUAAAAGUGCUGCUUCUCUGACAAGAGACUGGACGGAACAGGAGACGCUGCUUCUCCUAGAAGGAUUGGAAAUGUAUAAAGAUGACUGGAAUAAAGUGUGUGAACACGUUGGUUCUCGCACACAAGAUGAAUGCAUACUUCAUUUCCUUAGAUUACCAAUUGAAGAUCCGUAUUUAGAAGAUCCAGAAGCUGGAGGUGCUUUAGGACCCUUAGCCUAUCAACCAAUCCCGUUUAGUAAAGCUGGAAACCCGAUAAUGUCAACCGUCGCCUUCUUAGCGUCUAUUGUCGAUCCGCGAGUAGCAGCAGCAGCUGCUAAAUCAGCUAUGAACGAGUUUGCUAGUAUUAAAGAUGAAGUGCCAGCGUCUGUGAUGGACGCACAUCUUAAAAAUGUUGAAGCUUCUAAUGCUGAUGGUAAAUUUGACCCAGCCGCGAACUUAGCUCUCACUGGUAUAGCUGGCACCGUACCCGAUAAAGAGGAAGAAGAUAAAAUUAAGAAAGAGGAUAAGGAUGACGAGAAAUCUGGCGAAGACAAAAAGAAUGGUGAUAGUCAGGAAGACAAAGCUAGUGAUAAGUUAAAAUCGGAAGCAUCGGAUAGUGAAAAGGAAGAAAAAAUGGAUAUAUCGGACGGUAAAACAGAAAAAGUUGUAAAAGAUAGUGAAAUGCAGAGUGCAGCAGCGGCUGCAUUAGCUGCAGCUGCAGUUAAAGCGAAGCAUUUAGCUGCUGUGGAGGAAAGGAAGAUCAAAUCUCUGGUAGCGCUGUUAGUAGAAACUCAAAUGAAAAAGCUUGAAAUUAAAUUGCGGCAUUUUGAAGAACUAGAAACAACCAUGGAGAGGGAACGCGAAGGGCUUGAGUAUCAGAGACAACAACUUAUAACAGAAAGACAGCAAUUCCAUUUGGAACAAUUAAAAGCAGCAGAGUUUAGAGCUAGACAGCAAGCACAUCAAAGACUACAAGCUGAACAAGGCCAGUGGGCUGCGCAGCAAGUACCCGCUUCCCACUCAACUCCUCCUGCCGAGUCUGGACCAAGUACAACCCCCACUCCCCCAUCCCCACAAGCUUCGGCUGUAGCCUCCCCCCAAGCCCCUCACCACCACAUUUGAAAAUUAAUUAGUAUAUUUGAUAGUAUUGGAUCUUAAAUUCAGGAUAAUUGGGAAUAUGACAUUGUGAAUUGAUUUUUUACUAACGUCAUAAUGUAAUCUAUAGCCAAAUUUAAACUGAAGUCUACAGGAUGAUUUGUAUUGAUUGAUUGAUUUUCUGUUAUUUGAAACAAUAUUAUAUUUAUCUACACAAUCUACCAUUAAAAUAAUAUUCUUAAUUAACACAUCAUUACACGCACCAUGUUUGUUAGCAAUUUGCUGCCCGUUAGCAAUUUGCCGCCUUCUACUAAAGUGGAUUAAAAUUAACCAAAUAUUAAAUUGUCUAAAUUCUAUUUUCAAAAGUCUUUUAGUGUUCCGAAUUAGAAUUGAUAUUGUUCUAUUUUUUCCUUGUAUGUGACGGGAUAAAUGAUGUGACGCGUUUUGAGGCUUUUUGUAACUGCGGCAUAUUGCCGCGGGUGCGUCUAAUGACGUGUUAAUCACUCUGCAUACAGUAUGGUACAAAUGUUUGGAAUAAAUUCAUUAUUUCGAAAACCAGUAAGAAAAAUCGUGAAACGUCGAUUUUUAUUUUUAAAUUUUGAUUUUUUGACAUAUAUCAUACUAGUGACGCCAUCCAUUCGGGAAGUGAUGACGUAAUCGAUUGAUUUUUUUAAAUGAUAAUAGGGGUUGUGUGCAGGGCGCGUCCAAGAAAAAUAAUUUUCAAUUAAAUUAAUUGGCACAAAAAGAAGAAUGUAUGUAAUUUAUUUAAUUCAAAAUACUUUCUAAUACUGUCAGAAAACAGAAAAAAUGUUUGUUUCAUAAAUAAACAUUGCUUUUCGCUUAAAUUCAAUACUCAAACUGCCAAGAGGCAGAUGGGUGGCAGCUUUAACAUUGAAAUUGAGUGAAAAGCAAUGUUUAUUUAUCAAAAAUUAUUUUUGUAUAUUUGCUGACAGCAGUAGAAUGUAUUUUGAAUUAAAUAAAUUACAUACAUUCUUCUUUUUGUGUCAAUUAAUUUAAUUAAAAAAAUUUUCAUGGACACCCUGUUUAAAUAUUUAUGUUAAUUUUUAUAUUACUGAAUAGAGAAUUCAAUAACCUUUCAAUUGAGCUAGCACAAGACCUCUAUUCUCAUUUAAAAAAAAAUCAUCCAUUACGUCUUCACUCCCAGAUGGAUGACGUCACUAGUAUGAUAUAUAUGUCAAAAAAUGAUAAUUUAAAAAUAAAAAUCGACCUGUUUCAUGAUUUUUCCUUAAAGUCGCUGUUUUACGAAAUAACGAAUUUAUUCCAAACAUUGGCACCAUACUGUAUAUUCAACUAAAUUGAAUUUAUUGUAACAACCUUUUAUAAUUAAUUUUUUAUAUAAACGAAAAACCAAGGGCUUACAUGAUUUUUAUUAUGCAGUUCACGUAAUUGUUUUAUUUAAUUAUUUAAUAUUAUUUUUUAUUAAUUGUAAAAGAACAUGUCUUACAAAAAACCCUAUGGGAAGUGGCCAACUCUAAUUCACCUAUUUUUCGAUAUCUAACAUUAUUUUUAAAAGUAAUUUUUUGUUAAUAAAUUCUGUAUUGUCAUCGUUUAUUUAUUUAUUUUGCGUCAUUGUCUACUAGGACUAGAGAUGCCACAUGAUGAUACAGUAAGUCUUGUUCAUGGUAUGAGUAAUAUCCAAUUUAUUGGUGUAAUUAAUUAUUUAGAAAUUAAUUGUUUAUAAAAUUGAUUGAAUUGUUUCUUUUACUGUAUAUAGUACAGUAAUUUGUAAUUAAUUGCAAAUUGUUUUUAUUUAUUUUUAUAAUCUAUAUUGAGGAAAAAUAUCAUUUUUAUUAAUGUAUUAUGUUGCUAUGGCUAUGAAUGACUAAUAUGUUUGUAAAAGGGGCAACAAUAAUUGAUAAAGCUUCCAUGAAAUAUAUGACAGUGUAGUCAACUAUACUAAAAUCACAAUCAAGAUGCACAAAAAAUAAAAAAAUCACGACACGUCGAAUGUUAGAAGGAGCAAUCCCUAAUCAUGAUUUACUAUGUAUUUCAUUGUAAAUCCCAAAUCAUUAACAUUGUAAAUCAUAAUUCGAGAGUGCUCCUCCUAAAAUUGAAGGUUUGUUUAUUUCUAGUGCAUCUUGAUUGUGAUUUUAGUAAACAAGAUACAUUGGUUUCCAGGUCUGUACGCUGAAUAUUUUGAAUGAUUUCUUCCUGAACUUUAGUCUGCAGUCGCCAAAACAAUUUUAAAGAAUACAGAUGCAACUUUAGCAAGAAAUAAUUGCAGAUUUCCGCUUAUUCUCUGGAAAACAAUGUAUAAUUCAAAAGCACCGGUUUUGAGAGGAUACAAAUCUCUUUAUAACAUCCUAAUCCUCCUAAUAAUAUUAGAUACAGUGUAGAAAAAGAAAUAUAGCUUUUUAAGCUUUGUCUAGGUAAUUUUGCUAUUGAUCUCAGGAUAAACACGAUCAUUUUUCUCUAAUCUCGAAAAAAAUUAUUGCAAGGAAAAUGAAUUCCUGCUGAACUCUUCAGCCGAAGAAAUAUGCUUUAAGGAUUGACAACUCUACUUGUCAUAAUAAGUAAAUAAGGAUAUGGUAUUAAGUAGAUCAAGCUGAAGAGAUAAAUUGAGGAAAAACUGGCUAUAGCUAUGACUACUCAACAUACAGUUGAGUCCCUGAAUCUUUACCCGUGCGUCAUCAUUUAAAGCAUACGAAAUAAGUCGAUGAUAAGUCGGAAAUUGAAAUUUACUAAACGCAACAGUAAGUGACUUUCUGUUGCGUUUAGUAAAUUUCAAUUUCCGACUUAUCGACUUAUUUCCUAUGCUUUAAAUGAUGACGCACGAGUAAAGAUUCGCGGACUCCUGUAGAUGACUACUUUCUUGUAUAUAUCAUGGAUUUUAAUAAUUCUGAUUCCUAUUGCCCUUUUUAUUAACUUAGUAUGUUAUACUUACAAUUUUCUAAUCAUCCUAGCUUAGUUUGGUUGUAAAAGUGAAGGAAGAAUGUAACCAGUAAGGGGAAACAAUGUAGACCUUAUUAUGACCAUAUACUCAUAAAAGUAAAAAUCCUGUAAGUGAUUAGGUUCAUAUUCCUUUACCAAAACUGUUCGAUUGUAAAUCUUAUCUAGAAAUAAAAUAUUUCGUAACAAA